GUGUGUGUGUGUGUGUGUGUGUGUGUGUGUGUGUGUGUGUGUGUGUGUGUGUGUGUGAUCACAGCAGGCGGUAUGUGGGCCACCCCUCAGACCAGACCUCAAAUGUUGUCUCAUAAAUAAGCUGUGACCUCGGGUUGGGAGCGACUCCACUCUAAUAUUUUGUAUAUGUAUGACUAGCAGCAGGCUAUAAGUAUAUAGCUCUGCUACAGCGCUGUGGUCUGCCUCUAUAGGCUCAGAGUGGCUUGUUUGAAGGCAUAAGACAUUAGGUCGAAGAAUCAUGGGACAGCGCCUACUAACCACACAGACGUGUGUGGAUUACGAUGAAUACUACGUUAAAAGCGCUCCUGCCACUCAUUUGCAGCAUUUGUAAAAUAUAGAUUUUAGGACUUCGAUCAUCUCAAUAAAAGAUGAAAUGAAUGAAUAAACCUGUUUUGGAUGUAUGGACGACGCCGUGUAGACGCUUGGAGCGCUUAUUUAAUAUUUGCGCGGUGGUCUUGUUUGAGUUGAACUCCGUGCGUCCGUCGCGCUGUGCUCAAGUGCUGCUUCCCCGCUGUUUGAAAACACUCCGCUGGAUCCAGGAGCCUCAAGCAGGGGCACGCAGGAAAGGAUUUGGAUCUCUGGUCCGGUGUGAAACAAACGAGAGGAAUAUCGAUCGUCUAAUUCCUCUUAGAGCAGUGCGGUUGUGUUGUGGUGGACGUCUAUGUUGUAAUUUAUUUCAACACCACGGGAAAACUUAGUCCUCCUGCCCGUCCCUGAUUUCCAUUGUUUUUCCUCCCAAUGCAUAUCGCUUAUAUAGUCUGAAGUGCAAAUACUAAGGAAUAGAAACUGCAAGCGACGCCUUUUUCAGCCCACGGUGGAUAUUUGCAACGGGAUUGGGAGCAAGCCCCGGUUUCUUUUUUUUUUAUGCGUUGGGGUGUAAUCGCUUGCAUUUGGGAACUGGCACACGAGCAAGGAGAGAGACUGGGACUGAUGCUGAGGAAGAGACACACAAGGGGCGACCAGAGCGGCUGAAUUAAAACCCAUCACAAGCUCCACACUCCGCCACGGAAACAUGAAGGAGAAGAAUUUGAUCGAGACCGCAAAAAUGCAAGGCAACAUGAUGGAGCUGGUUGGCAGUAACCCCCCCCAGAGGAACUGGAAGGGGAUCGCCAUCGCCCUGCUUGUCAUUCUGGUCAUCUGCUCUCUCAUCGUCACCUCCGUCAUUCUGCUGACACCAGGGGAGGACGACAGCCUUGCUCUCAAGGCCAAGCUGACGGUGGCAGACAUCUUUAAGAAGGACUUCAAGGUGUACGAGCCCAAUGCCAAGUGGAUCAGCAGCAAUGAACUCCUGUAUCGAACCCGAGAGGGUGACGUUGUCAAGUUCAACGUGGACACCCAAGAGAGGGUCGUCCUGGUCCACAACAAGAAGUUUGAGAUGUACAAGGCGAGCCGCUAUGAGGUGUCCCCCGACAUGAAGCACGUGCUGCUGGCCUACAACGUAGCCCCGGUAUACCAGUAUUCCUACACAGCCUUCUACAUCAUUUGCAGCCUGGAGACUCCGGAGACCUGGAACCUCAACCCUCCAGAAGUGAGGAACGCCCAACUGCAGUACGCCGGCUGGGGACCCCACGGCCAGCAGCUGAUCUUCAUCUUUGAGAACAACAUCUACUACCGCUCCACGGUGGAGAGUCGCUCCAUCCGCCUGGUCUCCACUGGCAAGGAGGGCGUCAUCUUCAACGGCCUCAGCGAUUGGCUGUAUGAAGAGGAGAUCUUCCAGUCCCACAUCGCCCACUGGUGGUCACCCGAUGGCGCCAGACUGGCUUACGCCACCAUUAACGACACGCUGGUGCCCAAGAUGGAGUUACCCAUGUUCACCGGGAUCCCGUAUCCCACAGGGAAGGAGUAUCACUACCCCAAGGCGGGGGAAGAGAACCCAGUCAUCACCCUGUACGUGGUGAACCUCCACGGGCCUCUUCACACCAUUGAAAUGAGGAGACCAGAAGACCCUAGAAUGGGGGAGUUCUACGUCACCAUGGUGAAGUGGGCCACCACCACCAAACUGGCCAUCAACUGGCUGAACCGGGCACAGAACAUCUCCGUCCUCACGCUGUGCGAGGCCACCACCGGGGUCUGCACCAAGAAACACGAGGACGAGAGUGAGGGCUGGCUCCAUAGACAGAACGAGAAGCCCCUGUUCUCCAAGGACGGGCUGAAGCUGUUCUUCACCAGGGCCAUCCCUCAGGGAGGGAGAGGGAAGUUCUUCCACGUCUCCAUGUCCAUAACCCAGGCCAACACCAGCACUGACACCUUGCAGUCCAUCACCUCAGGGGACUGGGACGUGACGCAAGUCCUGGCGUAUGAUGAGGACAACCAGCUGAUAUACUUUCUUAGCACAGAGGACGACCCCAAACGAAGACACCUGUACAGCGCAGACACCGUUGGAACCUUUAACCGUCGCUGUCUAUCAUGUGACUUCCUGGAUGGGUGUGGCUACGUGACGGGCUCCUUCAGCCUCAACAUGAGCUACUUCCUGCUCAAUUGCCAAGGUCCCGGCAUCCCGUUCGUGGCGGUCUACGACACACAGGACCGGCAGAAGGUGUACGACCUGGAGACCAACGAGAACCUCCAGCGGACCCUGGACUCCAUGCAGAUGCCCCGGGUGGAGUACAAGGAGAUCAGCAUAGAGGACUACACACUGACUAUGCAGAUCAUUAAACCUGCCGGCUUCAUGGAAACAUCUCAUUACCCCCUGCUGCUAAUGGUCGACGGCACCCCCGGUGGCCAGAUGGUGUCGGAGCGCUUCGACAUGGACUGGCCCGCCGUGCUGGUGAGCAGCUUCGGCGCCAUCGUGGUGCGCUUCGACGGGCGGGGCAGCGGCUUCCAGGGGACCAACCUGCUGCACCGGGUCCAGAAGAAGCUGGGCCUGUUCGAGGAGCGGGACCAGCUGGAGGCGCUCAGAAUCAUCUCAAAAGAGCCUUUUGUUGACAAGUCGAGAAUCGGUGCAUUUGGAAAGGUGUACGGGGGCUACGUGACCAGCCUGUUGCUCAGUGCUGAAGAGUCUCCUGUCAAAUGUGGAGCCGUUCUCUCUCCUAUCACUGACUUUGAAUUAUACGCCUCCGCGUUCUCUGAGCGGUACCUCGGUCUGCCCAAGCCGGACCCCAGGGCGUACACGAACACAAAUCUGGGUCAUCGAGCUUCGCAGUUCAGCGACAAACGGUUUCUCAUCGUCCACCCGACCGCCGACGAAAAAGUCCAUUUUCAGCAUACAGCCAAAUUCAUCGCCCAGCUUAUCAGUGAAAGGGCAAACUAUACGUUACAGAUUUACCCGGACGAGGGCCACUUCCUGCCCGGGGACGCCACGCGGCUGCACCUCAGCCAAUCCCUGGUCAACUUCUUCGAGGAGUGCUUCAGACUACCGGACAAGCUGUUCGAGGAGACCUUGGAGGAGGAGGAGGAGAGCGAAGACGAGGGUUAGUUAGCCCUGCACCGCACUCCUCCUCUUUGGACCUCCCGUCGACACCACCACGCACGACCCGCAGACCAACCUCCACAUCACGGCCACCAGUUGCAACCCCCCCCCCCCCCCCCCACCUCCAGCCCCUUCGUCCUGCUCUGCUCCUCCCUGUCACUUUGUCCCUCCUCAGACUGCCCGUUACAGCAGCAGACGGCCAAUCUCACCAACGUCCUCCCUCCGCCGUUCCCCUCGCUAUCCAUCUCUCUCUCUCUUUUAUAAUACUGCACAGACUCCAAGGAAGCAUCCCCCCCCCCCCAUCCAACAACGAAUCUCAACCCAUGUUGGAUUCUGCUGAAUACGUCGGUUACACUUAAGUUCCAGAUGAGUGAGCAUCUUUCGGCCCACUCUUGGUCUGAUUCACACAAUCGGGAAAAAGACCAUCGCAUCACCUCACUUGAGAGAGAGAGAGAAAGAGAGAGAGAGAGCUCAGUUUCCGCUCAGUCAGGACUUCGGUCUGAUGGCUAAACUAAAGAAAUGAACUUUAAACUUUUAGAGCACAAACUUUGUCAAUAUGGAUCCUCUAUUUGAGCAAAGAUAAUGAAACUGCUUCACACGGCCAGUGGUAGAGCUGGAAAACCUUGCUAUUUUUAAAGUUGUGAAGAACUUUGAUGUCGGACUGUGGUUAUGUCUCUUGUUCUUACGGUAUGUAAAUUAGCACAGUGACAAACAAAAAAACAACAACACUUGGCUUUUUUCCUUUUUGGUAUACCGAUGUUUCCGCUCCAUGUUCGUAUAACUGCGUAGUUUCGUUAUUGUAUUUCAGUGUUGACGGAUAUGGCAACUGUCAAAAAAAAAAUUGGGGAGUAAAAAAAACAAGACAAGAUCAGUCCAAAGCUUCAAUCUUGUUUCUGAGGUUGUUAUUUCACGAAUCAUUUCAUGGACGUUUUGAAUCGUUUUUUACUUUCGUUUGUGGGUGAAAAAAAAAACAUGAAUUUUUUUGCAGGUCACUGUGCCUUACUUUGGAAACAGUUUCCCUCCGAGAAACAUACAAACACAUAUUCUUUCUAGGUUCAGAAGGUCAUCGCUGGAGCUUAUUUCAGUCGUAUCAACCAUUCCAUAUAAGAAGUUCCUAGUUCCUUGUUAAAGUGUGUGGCACAAGCCAGUGGUUCCCAAACUAUGUAAAACACAGUUAUGUUUGGUUUUCAUAACUGUUUUUAAGUUAUGUAAAUGUAAAAAUAUAUUUCGAAACGUUUUCCAAGGAUAAUGUAUGAAAUAUGAGGGAGGGGGGGGGGGGGGGCUGAAAAAUGAUCCUGUGCUAUCAACGACAAACUUGUUAGGGAACUACUGCUAUAUUCCCACAAUCCCUUUCAUUGUGGGCCUGUUAGCUGCAACGCUACACAAAGACAUAGCAUAUCUGCAUGCAUUGUUGUCCUUAACAAAUGGGUACAACGUUGAUUACAAGUCAUGCUUAUCCACCAUGUAUAGAAGCUACAUAUUAAGUACUUUACUAAGGCUUAGUCACACGAUCCGGUCUAACUCACCACCGCCCCCACUGAGAAUCAGUUGAGCCCAGACACUAGCAUUAACACCACAUACAAGAUUUGUGUAUAAAGAGGAGGGAGUUGACAGUUGGAGAACAAAUAUAAUGGCCAUCAUACAAAAUGGUGUUUGCUUACUUUUUAUAUGUGUAUAUAAAUGUUUUUGGGGUCUUUGUUUUCUUUUUUACAUUUGAAUGCUUCUUGCCAUUGUUUUCGCUGCAUGUGUAAAGCAGUCAUCUGCAGUAACAUCGUUGGUCGCCUAUGUUUCCCUGUAGCCAUUUUGACAUCUUGAAUGUGCCCCCCCCCCCCGGUAGUACCAUGAUUUGAGGUCCCACUUUCAUCUGCUUGAUGUGUAAAUGUUACUCAAAUAUUUUAUUCUAGAAAAAGAAAAGAACCGAAAAAAACAGUGUCCAUGGAGUGUUAUUUGUGCGUGCGGCAUUUUGGGGACGUUUACACUUCAGUCCCGUCUCCCGGAACGCAGUAACCGAGUGAGGAGACGAGACUUUUGAGAUGAGAACCGCGUGGGAUUCUGUUGGACUCUCCCGUGUCGCCGGCGGAAGGACUUUUAAAAGACGCUCUUCGUUGCAUCCGAACAAGACAGCGGGGACGGAAGAACGGCAGAAAUGCAGCAUGAAGGUCAAUGUUAGAAUAAAAGGAAAAAAA